AUGCGCACGAGCACAAGCUGGACGUGCGGUACGCAAGUCCCUCUGGACCCAGCGCGUUCUCCUGCCUCCCGCUUCCUGCCUCUGCUUCCUCCUUUCUGCAUCAUCGUCCUGCUUCGCUUCACGUCUUUCGUCCGUCCGGCCGAUGACUGUCGUCCGCCGUGUCGGCAAGAUCAGUCAAUACCACGCACGCACGGAAGCAACCGCUGGGGCGUGCAAACCAACAUCAUCGGCAGCGGUAGGGCGAUCGCGGAGGAGGCAUAUCCACGACGAGGGGGUGGGAGCGUCAUUGUUCUCCGCCCUCGUCAUCCGCCCCCGACCAACUCGGCGACACUCGUCGGCGCGCGCCAACUUAUGACACGCGGUCGGUUCGCAGGCACAUCGUCCGAGGAAUUGUCCGUCCGUCCGUCGUCGUCGUCACCGGACGCCAUGGCCACGACCUGGACCUAUCGCGAACCGUACUUUGGACGAUGCCUAAACCCGCCCAUGAUUGUGCAGCCCAGAGGUGGCACCCACACGCACACCGUCAUUCUCCUCCACGGCGUCGCCUCCAAUGGCCACAUAUUUGGACACGACCUCCUCACCGCAAGGGUGCCGUCGUCAUCCCCGCCCGGCUCCCCUGCUUCCUCCUCCUCCAUAUUUCCCCAGAAUGGAAGAACGCUCGACGUUCUCUUUCCCAGCGUCCGAUGGGUCUUUCCCACCGCUUUUCGCCAUCCCUGCACUGCCAUCGAGUCAUCUCGCGUCACGCUCUGGUUCGACGUUGCAAGCCUCACCCACCCGGCCCAUCAGCAGGCUCUGCAGCGCCGUGGCCUGAGCAUCUCUUCGCGCGAGCUCAUCGCCAUCAUCCACAGCGAGCUGCGUCGCGUCCCGGCGUCCAACAUCAUCAUCGGCGGUCAGGGCCAGGGGUGCGCCCUGUCGCUCGUCGUACUGCUCUGCCUCGGCUACAGGCUCGGCGGCUUCGUCGGCAUGAGCGGCUUCGUGCCCUUCCAGUUCGAGCUCGACAUCUUCACCGCCAUCGAUUCCAGCACGUCGUCCUCGUCCGUUUCCUCGUCCGACGACGAUUACGACGACGACGACGAUGACGCUGAGAAAUUCAUAGUACUGCAAGGCCCGCCGGUCGAGGCACAGAUUUUCAUGCGUCAUCUGUUGGGUAUGACAUGCCCACCAUGUCCGGCGAGGGAGACGACGGCGUACCGCACUCCCGUCCUCCUAAGCCACGGCGUCGACGAUCCCAUCAUAUCCUGCAGUAGGGGAGAGCAGGCGGCGAUAUCCAUCCGAGCGGCCGGGUACCAAGUCGAUUUCAGGGCAUACGACCAGCAUGGCCAUGGCCUCAAAGUCCCCGAUCAGAUUGAUGACAUUAUCCACUUUUUCCGCACCAGAGUUGGAUUGCAGGCGAGAGCCGGUCGAGCGUAA